AUGAUGCAUGGACCAUGUGGAAGUACAGCUCCAUAUUCACCAUGUAUGAAAAAUAAAAAAUGUUCAAAGCGGUUUCCAAAAAAAUUCAUUUAUGACACGAUUAUUGAUGAUGGAGGUUUUCCUAUUUACCGAAGAAGGGAGGAUAAUAGUAAAUGGAUAGGGAAAAAUGGAACAAGAUUAGACAAUGGUUAUGUCGUACCGUACAACCGAAACUUGAUCGUGAAAUAUCAAUCUCACAUUAACGUAGAAUGGUGUAACAGAGGAAGAUCAAUCAAAUAUUUGUUUAAGUAUGUCACAAAAGGACCAGAUCAUGUUUCUGUUACUAUUCAGAAGGAAAACAAUGGUAUAUCCUCAAAAGUGAAAGAAUUGAACAGAGAUGAGAUACAACACUAUCUUGAUUGUAGAUAUGUCUCAGCACCGGAGGCUAUAUGGAGGAUAUUUGGAUUUGAUAUUCAUUACAGAACUCCAGCAGUAGAGAGGCUACCAUUUCAUUUGCCGGAUCAGGAAUCAAUUAUUUUUAAAGACAAUGAUAAUCUAAAUGACAAUUUGAAUGAUAUUGAAUCAAAGAAGACCAAGUUCAAGGCGUGGAUGGAAGCAAACAAACUUUAUCCAGAAGCAAAAAAUCUCACUUAUGCUGAAUUACCAAGUAAAUUUGUAUGGAAGACGGAUGAGAAAAGAUGGAAACCAAGAGAAAAGGGGCGAAGUGUUGGUCGGUUGGUUUAUGCCCAUCCUUCUUCGGGUGAAAGAUUUUAUCUGCGUUUAUUACUAAAUGUAGUGAAAGGUCCUACAAGCUAUGCUGAUAUAAAAACCAAAGAUGGAAUUCAGUAUGGAACAUGUGAUGCUCUAAGAUUGUUGGAUGAUGACAAUGAAUGGCAAUUAGUCAUGGAGGAAGCAUCUUAUUUUUCCUCAGGGAGACAAAUGAGACAUUUAUUUGUACAAAUACUUUUAUAUUGUGAAAUUAUCAAUCCUAAAAAGCUAUGGGAAGAUAAUUGGGUGCAUUUAUCAGAGGGUAUUUUUCAAGCUCAAAUUAAUGUUCUACAGUACCCAAAUUUGAAAAUGACAAAAAAACAAUUACAAAGCCAUGCAUUGGCAGAAAUACAAUAUCUCCUACUACAAAAUGGUCAAUGUCUUCAGAAAUUUCAAGGAGGCUUAUACUUUCUCUAUGGACAUGGUGGGACAGGAAAAACUUAUGUUUGGAAGUCAAUUAUCAAUAGACUUAGAUCUGAGGGGAAAAUAGUACUAGCAGUGGCAUCAUCGGGAAUUGCUGCUCUUCUUUUACCUAGAGGGAGAACAGCACAUUCAAGAUUCCAGAUUCUAAUUAAAUUAAAAGAAACAUCUACAUGUGGUAUUAAACAAGGUACACCUGAAGCAAAUUUGCUAAAACAAACAGCUUUAAUACUUUGGGAUGAGGCGCCAAUGAUGCAUAGACAUGCAUUUGAAGCAGUGGAUAGAACUUUGAAAGAUAUAUUGGGAAAAGACAAUCCUACAUUGUCAGAUAAACCAUUUGGAGGUUUAACUGUGGUGCUUAGGGGUGAUUUUAGACAAAUUUUACCGGUUAUUCCAGGAGGAAGUAAACAUGAUAUUAUUCAUGCUUCCAUUAGCAGAUCCAAAUUUUGGAGUGAAUGCAGAAUAUACAAAUUGACAGAGAAUAUGAGAAUUCAACAAAGUUCAUCAAAUGAGAACGAAAUGAGCAUACCAGAAUUUAGUAGAUGGGUUCUAAAUAUUGGAAAUGGAAGUGCUGCAGAAGAGUGUUGCGAAUUGCAAAAUAUGGAUGGAACUAUUGAUAUUCCACGCGAAUUUAUACUUCAUCCAACUAAAAAUCCAGUUGAGGAUAUUAUUUCAUCUACCUACCCAAACAUAGAUGAAAACUUUCAAAACACAAAAUAUCUAGAAGAAAGAGCAAUAUUAACACCAAGGAAUGAAACUGUAGACAUUGUGAACAAUACAAUCUUGGAAAAAAUUGAGGGACAAAUUUUAGUAUAUCUUAGUUCUGAUUCCCUUUGCCGAACAUCUCAUAAUAUGCAAGAAAAUGAGAUCAACUUUCCAACGGAGUACCUGAAUUCGCUAAAAUUUCCGAGAAGACAAUUACCUAUUAGACCAUGUUAUGCAAUGACCAUAAAUAAAAGCCAGGGUCAAACACUACAACAUGUUGGUCUGUAUCUACCAAAACCCGUUUUCACACAUGGUCAACUAUAUGUGGCUAUUUCGAGAGUGACAUCACCAAGAGGUCUAAAAAUUCUCAUUGAAAAUAGUGAAAUGAACACUGAAAGUGUAACAGAGAAUGUAGUGUAUAGAGAAAUAUUCAACAACUUGGUAGAAGUUUAA